AUCUUCAGUGUUUAUCAUGCAUUAUGCCACACUGAUUGUAAUUGUCUGCUAGAGGGGAGUAUAUUCCCAACAGUAUCUUAGGUGUCGAUUAGAAGGGAGAAGGAGAAUGUAAACACUUUGUUGUUGUGGUUUGAAAUUCGUGUUUGACAGAUGUCAUAAAUGAAGUUAUUUCGUGUUCUGAGAGGCUUACGUGGCUAAUUAAUGUGUGAGAUGUGUAACCAUAAAUAAGAAAUACUAAAUAAGUAAAUUAAUACAAGAUGGCAUUCCUAGAGUGGAGACGAUUCAACUUUUUUGAGUUGAUUCAAGAUGUUGACAAUGGGAAAAUAGCUGAGACACUAAAGGACAGAAAAAUUACUGCAUCUACUAGUGGCCAUGGGCAUCUUGUAUUUGGAGACUCUGAAGGAAAUAUUCAUUUAGUAAGCCGCUUGUUUCAUGUGACUUCUUUCCGAGCACAUGAACUGACUGUUAAUUUUGCAGAGCAGCUACGACAUUCUGCUAUACUUGUUACAGUUGGGAGCGAUGAGCCUGGAAUUAAUCCAGUGAUCAAAGUAUGGAAUUUGGACAAAACAGACAAGCAGGGCCAUCCAACAUGUGUGCGAAUUUCUCGUGCAAUACCAAACAACAAGCCAGAAAAUGUUACUGCACUAUGUGUUCAUGAAAAUUUGAAUUUGAUGGCUGUUGGCUUCAAUGAUGGAUCUGUAAUACUUUACAGAGGUGACAUAACAAGAGAGCGUACAAAUAAAACAAAAGUACUGAAGGAUGGAAAUGCAACCGUAACAGGCUUGGCUUUUCGAACUACAUCAAAAUUAAGUCAUCUGUUUGUUGUUACAACGAAUUCCUUAUUUUUGUACAAUAUCACUGUGAGGGAUAAAGAACAGAAGGUCCUGCUAGAUAGCAUGGGAUGUAGCAAAAAAUGUUCUGUAUUUGCUGAUGCCUCGCAGGACAGCCAUUUCAUGAUUGGCAGAAAUGAUGCUGUUUAUUGUUAUACACCUGAUGGGCGUGGACCAUGCUAUGCUGUUGAGGGUGAGAAGAUUAUGCUGCAGUGGUUCAGAAGCUACCUGGUCAUUGUUGCCAAAGAAACCAAAACAAUAACUGCGGUAUCAACAGUAUCUCCAAAUGAAACAGAAGCCUCACAAAAACAAGUGGUGACAAUAUUGGACAUACAAAAUAAGUUUAUUGUGUUCACUGCGCCCAUAAAAGAAAUACAAACAGUGCUGGCUGAGUGGGGCUCCUUCUACAUUUUAGGAGCCAACAACAAGCUGUAUCAGCUCAUGGAGAAAGACCUUCAGUCAAAACUUGCAUUACUUUUUAAGAAAAAUCUAUAUGAUGUUUCUAUUAGAAUUGCAAAAAGUCAGCAGUACGAUUCAGAAGGCUUAGUAGAUAUCUUCAGACAAUAUGGAGAUCAUCUGUAUGCUAAGGGAGACCAUAAUGCUGCCAUUGAGCAAUAUAUUAAAACCAUUGGGAAACUAGAACCUUCCUAUGUUAUAAGAAAGUUUCUGGAUUCUCAGCAUAUUGAUAAAUUAACAACGUAUCUGCAAGCUCUGCAUAAACAAGGUCUUGCAACUGAGGAUCAUACAACAUUAUUACUCAACUGUUACACAAAGUUGAAUAAUACAGAAAAACUUAAGGAAUUUAUCAUGACCAAAGACCGUGAAGUUGAUUUUGAUGUUGAAAUCGCUAUUAAAGUAUGCCGCCAAGUAUCUAGAGAGGAUGCUCUUAUGCUUGCAAAAAAACAUGGUAUGCAUAGUUGGUAUUUAAAGAUUCAGAUAGAAGAUCUUCUGAAGUAUAAAGAAGCACUGGAAUACAUAGGCAGCUUGGAAUUUGAAGAGGCUGAAUCAAAUAUGAAGAAAUAUGGAAAUAUUUUGAUCCAACAUGCUCCAGAUGAAGCAACGCAGUUUCUGAAAAGAUUGUGUACAGAUUAUAGACCAAGUAACAAACCUCUUGUUGAUCAGAGUAUGUUGGAUGGUUCUUCUUCUUUGCACGUGGAACGAGCAAACCCAGAAGAUUUCAUUCAUCUGUUCCUAAAUAAUUCUGAGAGGCUUGUGGAAUUUCUUGAACAUUUAGUGAAGGUCCAUACAAAAUGGAGCACAUUGGUGUACAAUACACUGAUUGAACAUUAUCUACACCUAUGGGAAUCUCUUUCUGAUGUAACAAGUAAAUGUACAGUAGAGCAGAAAGUUGUCCGCCUGCUACAAAAUUCAGAAGCAAACUAUGACAAAGAUCAAACACUUAUACUCUGUCAGAUCCACAACUUUAGAAGUGGAAUUUUGUAUCUUUAUGAAGAAGGAAAACUAUAUCAGCAGAUUCUGCAAUACCACAUACGGCAGAGAGAUUACAAAGCAGUUCUCACAACAUGCAGAAGAUUUGGUCAGCAAGAUCCUAGUUUGUGGGUUCAAGCACUCUGGGCGUGUACCAAAGAUUCUGAAACUCCAAGUGACCUCUUAGGAGAAGUUCUCAGCGUCAUAGAGAAACAACGUCUUCUGUCUCCACUUCUUGUUGUUGAUGCUUUGGCCAGUUCAGGAACAGCUACUAUUGGUGAUGUUAGAAGUUACUUGCUCAGUGUUUUGCAAACAGAAAAGGAACUUACAGAGCAAGAACAGCAGCUCAUCAACAAAUAUCGCCAAGAGACUAACAAAAUUCGACAGCAGAUACAAUCCAUGCAGACAAGUGCUGUGGUGUUCCAAGCAUCGCGCUGUUCUGCUUGCAACCACCAAUUGGAGCUACCUUCUGUUCAUUUUCUGUGCCAGCACUCAUAUCACCAACACUGUUUUCAGAGCUUUGCUGAAAAUGAAAAUGAGUGUCCAGCCUGUCUGCCAGAUAACAAAAAAAUACUGGAUAUAAUCAAGUCACAGGAGCAGAGUCGUGAUCUUCAUGAAAUAUUCCAUAGCCAGUUAGAACGUGCUGAGGAUGGUUUCUCAUUAGUAGCAGAUUAUUUUGGGCGUGGAGUAUUCAAUAAGCUAACUCUUAUAACUGAUUCUUCUGUGUCAGAAAAGCCAUCACUAAAACCAUCUGCUAUCACACAGCCUGAGACAACGUUGACAUCAGGGACAUAUAGUACUGUUCCAGAAGGAAGAUUAAGAUUGCAUGAAGGGAAACCAUCGAAAACAUUUGUUAAUGGGCUCUCUAAUGUGAUCCCAGAGGGAAGGAUGCGGUUGGAUGAAAGUAAACGUUCUGAUAAGCAGUACAGUUCUUCAUUAGAAGCAAACCUUACACAGCCUGCUGACAGAACACCACCCUUCAGACGUUCACCUGUUCCAGGAUCACCAGCAAUGGCUAGCCACAGUCUAAAAUCUACACCACGACAUUCGCCAUCUGCUAGAGCAACACCACCUUUAAAAGAAACAAUGCAGUCACAAACACCAAGGAACCCAUUUGAUGAACCUCCUUCUGAUGUUUCGAAGAACCCAUUUGAUAAUGAAGAUGAUGAAGAGUAUGAUGCAAGUAAAAAUCCUUUUGUUGGGAAUGAUCCCACAAAUCCUUUCCUUGGAAGUGAUGAUGAUGCAGUUCUAGAAGAUGAUGACUAUGAUAAAAAUCUGAACCCAUUUGCUACUUGAAGAACUCUUUGUCUGUUUAUAGUUACAGUUCAACUGAUGUGCAAUGUUCUUUUCUGAAGAUUGCUCCAGAAUGAGAAACUGCAUUCUUACUGUGUCAUUAAUAUUAUGAAUAAAUUACAGCCACAGUAGUUUCAUUGUUAAUUGUGCUACCUAUUAGUUGCACAUGAAAUGUGUUUUUUCUUGACUCUCAUCCUGGCUGUGGAACAUUUUAUACAAUUUUUCAGUUCCUUUUCAGUAAAGUAAAGUGGUAAUUUGUAUACUGCUUCCAGGAGGCAACAUUAUCUCAAUUACAGUAAAAGUUAUAAUUUGAACAAAUGCCACAAAAAUGUGCGGAACAUUAGUAGGAAGAAUACCAUAAAAAAUCAAGAGUGAAUAAGAUUGGAAAGGAAGGAGGAUUGAGAUGUGUUUUGACAGUUGUAAUUUCAGCCUAUGUUGACACAAAGCUAUAAUUUAUUUUUCUUAUCUUUUUUCAUUACUGUCUCCAUUUAUCCAGAAGAAAUAUAAUCGAGAUUUUUGUGUACCAGUUGCAGUAGUUAUUAUUUUUGAUUUUCCCUCUCUCUUCUCAUACUGGCAUUGUAAUUUCUUGAAGAUUUCAUCCAUAGUUUCAGUUUGGAAUGUUCAUGCCAGAGAGGAGCUAUAGUCUACAAAACCUUAUAAUUAUUUUCUUGCUUAUUUCAAUGGUUUCUAAGUAAGUUUUAGAAUAUUGAUUACUUCCGUUUCUAGUCUAAAUGAACUCUGAGAUUUUCUCAAAUAAUAAGUGGCUAUAUCUGGCAUAUACCAUCCUUACUUUGAGCAGUGUUAUGUCGAAUAUGAAAUAUAAACAUAUAAUUUGUUACAUAAUUUAUAAUGCUUGAGUUGGAAGUUCUCUAUUUGUUUAACAAUACAUGGAUUGUAUUGCUGCAGAGACUUUUACUAAAAUUUAGUAAACUAUUUUCAUUUGUUAUUAGUGAUAUAGAAGUGUGUCAGUACUAUAAUGAAGAUGAUAAAGGGGCAGAUUUUUGCUUCA